AAAAACAAAGGGAGAUCCAGAAGGUCAAACCUUCUCGGGCGGUGAAGUGAAACUGAAGAUCCAAUUUUUCGCGUUGAUACUACGAAGCUUCGCCUUUUUCACUGCUUUUGGAGAGAUCUCCGCUCGAUCUCUCUCCCUUUCCCUCUCUCUCUCUCUCUCUCUCUCUCUCUCGACGCGAGGAGAAAUGCAGAUCGUGCCCAGAUCUGAGCUCGUCGAAUUCGUGCCCGCGUCGCUCUAGCGCAGAUUCGAGAGAUACCCAGAAGGAAAAAUCCCUCCUUUUCGUCUGGGCUGCAUCGGAGAGAGCGAUCGGGACAAUGGGUCCGUCCCCGAUCAGGAUUCGCGCCGUCUUUCCUGGUCUCUUGGUCUUUGUAGCUCUCGCCCUCUUGGCUGUCGCUCCGAUCGCUUCUGCCCAGGAUACUCUUGCUGGAACUGAGAGGGGAGAUGAUAGGGAGUCGAUCGUCAGGGAUCUGGGCCGGCGCAGCAAGAUUAUCCUCAACAAGCUGGGUAAUGGUGCUGCUGAGGAUGGCGCCUCUGUUGGGAUAAGUAUUGGUUUGGAUGGUCCUGGUCUUGGAAUUUUUGAUGCAUUCUUUGCGAGUCUGUCGAUGAUCCUCGUCAGUGAGAUCGGAGACGAGACCUUUAUAAUAGCAGCUUUGAUGGCAAUGCGCCACCCAAAGUCAAUUGUGUUGUCUGGCGCUCUCACGGCAUUGAUUGUAAUGACAGUGCUUUCCACUGGACUUGGUAGAGUUGUCCCAAAUCUGAUAUCGAGGAAGCAUACAAAUAGUGCAGCCACAGUUCUAUACCUAUUUUUUGGGUUGCGGUUACUUUAUAUAGCAUGGAGGUCAGAUUCAAAGUCAUCUCAAAAGAAAGAAAUGGAGGAGGUAGAAGAGAAACUAGAGACCGGACAAGGGAAAACAACCUUCCGCCGUUUCUUUUCAAGAUUUUGUACGCCCAUCUUUCUAGAGUCCUUUAUUUUGACCUUCUUGGCAGAAUGGGGAGAUCGUAGCCAAAUUGCUACAAUCGCUCUAGCAACACACAAGAAUGCCGUUGGAGUGGCUGUUGGGGCGACAAUAGGACACACCAUAUGUACAUCGGUUGCAGUGGUGGGUGGAAGCAUGUUAGCAUCCAAGAUCUCACAGCGGACAGUUGCUACCGUUGGUGGCCUUCUCUUUCUUUGUUUUUCUUUGUCUUCAUAUUUUUACCCUCCCUUAUAGGUAAUAUUGUAGGCUAACAUGAUUCUUUAUGAGCUCUGAAAAACCCGUGCUUCCUCUUUCUCUUCACGAAAGUUGAUAUUAACUGCUGAUAAUUAGACCUUUUCAGUGAUCUUUUGUAAAAUGUUGGCGCGUGUUAAAAGUCUUCUGGUUUUUUUUCUCCUC